AUGAGCAGCAACAUUAGUUCAUCUUCAUUGUCAUUAUCACAACUUUUAUUAUCAGGAGGAACGAAUCCAUUAGAUUCAAUCUUCUUUUCAUCAAAUUUCUAUACUUGUUCUUCAUCAAACGGUGCCAUUGUUAGUAAUCCUUUAGAAUCAAUUGGUUCUUCGGUUUAUCUCCGUCAAAGAGAAUUUCUAGAAAAAUUCAAUUUCGAAACUAAGUCUAACCGAACCAACACCAUGUCAUCAUCAUCUACUCAAAAUUCUCCCACCUCUGAAACUACUACUACAACUACAUAUUUUAGUGAUAAGAAGAAGGAUAAGAAGCUUUACAGAGGUGUGAGACAAAGACAAUGGGGAAAAUGGGUAGCUGAAAUACGGUUACCACAAAACAGAGUUAGGGUUGUUGCGGUUUGGUUAGUAACUUAUGAUACUGCUGAGGUAGCAGCAUACGCAUACGACGUAGCAGCGUAUAAAUUACGAGGAGAGUAUGCAAGAUUGAAUUUUCCUAAUCUUGGAGAUGAGUCCAAGUUAAGGUUUUCGGAUCGAGCACGACUUAGUGCAUUACGGUCUUCAGUUGAUGCUAAAAUUCAAGCGAUUUGUCAGAAAGUCCGCAGAGAAAAAGGAAGAAAAAAGCAAGGAAAAGGAUAUAACAAAAGCAAUGAUAACAUAGCAAAUCCGAAUUCACUUUCGAGGUUGAAUCUGGAGUCCAUUUCGGAAGAAGAUUCUUUAUCUAAGAGUGAUAACUAUUCAGAUUCGUCCCAAGAGGUAAAUUGUUCUUCAAUGCUGCUGGGCCGUGGUGAAGAAGAUUUGGAUAUGGAGUGUGAAGGUUGUUGUUCACUUGCUAGAAUGCCAUCUUAUGAUCCAGAAUUGAUUUGGGAAGUUCUUGCUCAAUAG